AUGACCAUGUUCAUUGUCACAGUUCCCAAAAUAUUUCUACCCUGGUUUCACCAUGAGCAAAUGCGUAAUAUUAUCCAGAUGAUCAUAGACGACUGGUCAAACUUAUCAGAAACGAAAUCUCGUAAGAUCAUGGGUCGGUAUGCUUUUUGGGGACGUUUAGCUUACAUUAUUCAAAUUAGUGCAGUGUUCAUUAUUGUCCUGGAACUGACAGUAACCCGACACCCAAGUUUCAUGGUUGAAUCAUCAGAAAAUGGUAGUUUGUCGGUGAGAGAUAUUGUUUUGGGACCGUCGUGCUGGAUUACACCGUCAAUGUCCACCCCUAUGUAUUUGAUGUACUAUUAUAUAGUUUUGUCUGGUCUAUGUGGGGCUGCAUUAAUAUAUGCAGGAUUUGAUGCAUUCAUGUUCAGCACUGCCUUGCAUAUCUGUGGCCAGUUUGAAAUACUAAACUCAAGUAUAGAAAGAAUGACGGAUAAAGAUGAUUAUGGUAUCCUAAAGCACAGAAUUAAAGAAUACUCCCAACGACAUGCCAAAUUACUUGCCCUGAGUAAUCAGCUUAACGACAUUGUUAGUCUGAUAAUUUUACUGGAGCUUCUCAGUAAUGGCUUCCUUAUUUGCAUUUCAGGUAUUUCACUUCUCACUAACUUCAAGAAUGGAAAUUUGGAUACUGACGAUUUCAACGUCGGAGUAAGAGUAUAUGUUUGCUACAUGGCACUUUUUAUGUACUCAUUUGUCGGUGAAAAACUAUCAAUUCAAGCUGAAAAAUCCCAAAUCGCUAUAUACAAUAGGCCAUGGUACAACAUGUCGGCAACGAUCGCUAAAGACAUGCUAUUUAUUAUCAUGCCAGCAAUAGUAUAUCCAGGAUUUGAUGCAUUCAUGUUCAGCAUUGUACUGCAUAUUUGUGGUCAGUUUGAAAUACUAAACUCAAGUACAGAAAAUAUCACAGACGAAGAUGGCUAUUGGGAGCAAAGGUAUAAAAUUAAAGAAUACUCCCAACGGCAUGCCAAAUUACUUGCACUGAGUACUCAGCUUGACGAGAUUAUCAAUGUAAUCAUUUUAUUCACGCUUCUCAGCAAUGGUUUCUCUAUUUGCAUCGCAGCUAUUUCACUUCUGACUGGUAUCAAGAAUGGAAAUUUGGAUAAUGAAAAUUUCAACGUUGGAAUAAGAAUAUGUGUUUGCUAUGUGGUAUUAUUUAUGUAUUCAUUUGUCGGUGAAAAACUAUCAAUUCAAGCUGCAAAAUCGCAAAUCGCUAUUUACAAAGUGCCAUGGUAUAACAUGCCCACAACUAUAGCUAAGGAUAUUCAAUUUAUUAUAAUGCGCAGCAAUUCGGCUUGCAAUUUAACGGCAUGUGGGAUUAUGACUAUGAAUUAUGAAGCUUUCAAGUAUACGACAAGAGUCAUGUUCUCGUGUUUUUCUGUUCUUCAAUUGGCACUGGCGUAA